AUGGCUGAACCACAGGAUCAUACGAAUUUGCUUCAAAAAAUCUUGGAAUCUGUCGAAUCCCUGAAACAAGACCAGGUUGCAUUGACCACUAAGGUUGCCAAAUAUCAAGAAAAAAAUGAGGAAGAGUUAAAGAAAUUGCAAGAGAGUUUAAUCCCAACCACGAGUGUCGCUACUAUUACAACACCUGUCGUUUCUAACUUUAAUCAAAAUACAGUCAGUACAGAUAUACAAAAACCUACUUCUCCCUCAGAUAUUCCGCAUAAAUCCCAUUAUGCAGAUCGCGUAAUAUUGACAACAUAUCCUGGACAAUUUGGGAUAAAGCCAAUUCCUCUUAGUUGGGCUGAAUUAGAUCCUAAUCGUCGUGGACCAGUUCUUGCAUCACGUCAUCCAACCAGCAUAAAAGUGCGUAAUGCGAUUGGAGCAUAUGGUGGCUCUUAUAGUGUAUAUCGUGCUUUAGCUGUUGCAAUGAACGCUCUUGAUCCAAAUCAUCGACCUGACUUUAGAAACACGGAACCUAGUGUCACAUUAGGUCCACAUCCUCAAUGGGGUGACCCUUCUAAAAUCGUCUCUUUUGACCCUUUUGGUCAUCUUACCACUUCUCUUUUCUCUAAAUAUCUGGAGGAAGGAUUGGAUAUUCGUCCAACUAUCGCCAUCACUAAAGCUCACAUGCAAUUAGCAGAGAUUGAGAAAGCCGUCGGGGAAGGUCGAUUGAACGUCGAUGGAAAAAUCGUAUUGAAUAAUAAAGGAGAAUUAAAUGUUCUCAAAGCAGCUGUUGAACCUGUAUGGUAUUUGCCCGGAGUUGCUGCUCGAUUUGGAAUUGAGGAAGGAUUACUUCGUCGUGCUUUGUUUGAAGAUACUGGUGGCAUGUAUCCUGAAUUGAUCACGCGUCCGGAUCUUAAAGUAUUUUUACCACCUAUCGGAGGAUUCACUGUUUAUAUUUUUGGAAAUCAUGAAUUCAUUUCUGAUCCAAAUAAGAGGCUUACUGUACGUGUGCAUGAUGAAUGUAAUGGCUCUGAUGUGUUUGGCUCAGAUAUUUGCACUUGUCGACCUUAUCUAAUAUUUGGUAUGGAAGAGUCUGUUAAAGAGGCUCAAAAUGGUGGCGCAGUCAGAAAAGAGGGCCGUGCUCUUGGUGAAGUGACAAAAUAUUUGGUGUAUAAUGCACGCAAACGCUCUUCUGGAGGUGAUACAGCAGACAAUUAUUUCUUACGUACAGAAAAUGUAGCUGGAGUUAAAGAUGUGCGAUUUCAAGCAUUGAUGCCAGACGUUUUACAUUGGCUCGGUAUCACAAAGAUCGACAGAAUGAUGUCAAUGUCAAACAUGAAAUACGAUGCCAUUGUGAAAUCCGGUAUUCCGAUUAUUGAGCGUGUACCUAUCCCCGAUGAGCUCAUUCCGCCUGAUUCGCGCGUCGAGAUUGAUGCCAAAAUUGCAGAUGGUUAUUUUAGUACCGGAAAAAAAAUUCCCACCAAACAGGAAUUGGCACAAAUUCGCGGAAGAGAAUGGGAUGAUCUUCAACACUAG